AUGGUGUCCGCCGGCUAUGACGUGCGCAAAACCUGUGACCCCAUGUGGUAUGACACAAUACUGGCAAAGUUUCCACGCAACUUAGUGAAGCAUGUCCUACUUUCGAAUCAUACGCAAGAUGGACAAACAAACGAAUGCCUCAUAGGUGAUCUGAAGAAAGGGAUUACCGCUAAAGGUUUCGUGGAAAACAGAUUAGGCCCCAAGCCUGACAUCAAGGGCACCGCUCCGAAGGAUAAGUACGUCAACUCACGUCCUUACUCGAGCGACCAAUGCCUGUUCUGUCAUAAGGGUAAUCAUGCCUCGUUAACAUGCAGAACCGUAACCGAUCAAGGGAACCGCAGAAAAAUACUAACAGACGGUCUUAGAUGUUGGAAGUGUUGCUCAUCCAAUCAUAGCAGUUUCUACUGCCAAAAACCCGAUUGUGCAAAAUGCGGACAAAAGCAUCAUGCAUCUGUUAUGUGA